GGAAAAAAGUGCUGUAGAAGUUGACCUUGAUCAGACAAAUUAUGUUACAUGUAUUCUUAAUUUGGACUGCCUUAAGCCUGUUCUCAAAGAGGAAUUUAAUGAACUUCGAAAUGUCGAGCGAAGCGACAUUGAAUUUUUUUUCUAUGAUGAUUAUAAUACACUCACACCUCUUCUAUCAGAUGCUCCUCUCACAUCCUUAACCACUAUUGCAUAA